AAAAUCAACAAUACGGUUUUUGUAGGGUUUGAAAUACUCUGUUGCUGACCCAUAACCGAUAUUCCUCCUCCGCCGUUUGCCACCACCACCACCAACCAUGAUCAUCCCUGACAAAAAUCGCAAGGCCAUUUCCAAGUACCUCUUUCAAGAGGGUGUAUGUUUUGCAAAGAAAGACUACAACUUGGCAAAACACCCAGAAAUAGAUGUCCCAAAUUUGCAAGUAAUUAAGCUCAUGCAAAGCUUUAAGUCAAAGGAAUAUGUCAAAGAAACAUUUGCAUGGAUGCAUUACUAUUGGUUUCUUACUAAUGAUGGCAUUGAGUUUUUGAGAACUUAUUUGAACCUUCCUUCCGACAUUGUCCCUGCUACUCUUAAGAAGUCUGCUAAGCCCCUUGGUCGCCCCUCCGGUGCCCCCCCUCGCGGUCCGCCGAGAUUUGAUGGAGAUAGGCCGAGGUUUGGUGAUAGGGAUGGAUAUAGAGGUGGGCCGAGAGGGCCUCCCGGUGAAUUUGGUGGCGAAAAGGGUGGUGCUCCUGCUGAUUACCAGCCUGCUUUUAACAGGGGUGCUGGUGGAAGACCCAGUUUUGGCCGUGGAGGAGGUGGUGCACCCCCCAGCUCAAGCUCUUAAAUAUUCUUGCAGUUUUUGCAGAUUUUAGCCGAACUUAAAACUAUAAAUUAGUUUUUUUUUAAUGUCGUUAUAACUUUCUAUUGUAAUUGCACCGAGUGUUAUAAUUUUACAAUUUUGACAAUUUAUGGAUUCCAUUUUCCCA